AUGUCUUCAUCGUGGUUAGUAGUUUUACUCUCCAUGGAGAGAUUUAUCGCUGUUGUUUUUCCUCUUAAAGCUAAAUUUGUUUGUACAAGGAAAAAUGUUUACAUAUCUAUUUCUGUUAUUUAUGGAGCUUUAAUUACAUACAACGGUGUUUGGACCUUUGCUUCAAGAAUUGUCAACGGUAAAUGUGUGCCCCAUUAUCCAGAGCCUGCACAAUUAUCUGAAAUAUUUAUCAUCAUUGGAACUCUUGUUUAUUCCAUAAUUCCUGUUAGUUUCAUGUUGAUUCUGACGCCUAUUAUAUGCUUUCAUCUUUGGAAAAGAAUCCAAAAUAAAAAUGCUCUCGGUGCGUCAAGUUCAAAGAUGUCAGAGGAGGUGAAAAGAACCACUGUCAUGUUACUCGGUGUAUCAUUAGCUUACAUGUUUCUCAUAACUCCCAUUUCUAUUGGACAUAUGAUCUCCUUUAGCCACGACGAAAGUAUUUUCGAAACCAAGCAUACUGGUUUAGCAAUAUACCGUGAAAUUUCACAAAUCCUCGAGCAGCUGAACUACUCCAUCAACUUCUUUCUAUACGUUUUGUGCAGCAAAAGUUUCCGAGACCGAGUAAUGGUAAUCCUGCGAUGUUUCAAACCUUCUCCACCAAAACAACGAGACAGUCAAACCAAGCAUACCAAGUUAUCAUCAAAUCUCUCAAAGAAUAUUUCUAUCCAAGGAAAUGAUGCACAAAGUGCAGUCGGUCUUGAUGGGAUCGAAGCGGCAGUGGUUGAAACAGAAAAACAGCAACCAGACGAUCAUAACGACGAAAAAAACGCACCGCAAGAGAAUCCUUGUGUUGCUCUAGAACUACAAUCGGAUAAUCCAAAAAAUGAUACAUCUGCAAGAACAGGUGUUACUUCAAUUCCUCCGAAAAUGUUCCACUGGAUAGGAACCUAUGACGUCCCGAAGAAAACAGAUGUUUGUUCAAAAGAAAACGACACCGUUUUAAAAUCUGAAGAGACCAAAUAA